AUGGGAAAAACUCCCGGAAAAUGGAUCAAGAAUUUGCUUCUUGGGAAGAAAUCAUCCAAGUAUAGUUUGUCCAAAGGAAGAGAGAAAUCUACAAAUAAAGGGAAGGCAAUUGUCUCUUCAAAGUUAUCUGUGACCGAGUUAACUGUGAGUGCUCCCCUAAUAUCACCACCAUUAGUUUCACCACCAGUGGUUGGGACUGGUGCUAGCAAUGCAGUAGACUCAGAGAUCGGUGUAGCUGCCAAAUUGCCAAAUGAUGGGAUUAUUCUUUCAUCUGUGAAGGAAGAUGGCCAAACACAAGCUAUCUUUAGUUCGACUUCUCAGGAAGAUCAUGAAAUAAUCAAGCAAGAGCAAGCCGCCAUAAAGGCGCAAAGUGCUUAUAGGGGUUAUGUGGCUCGCCGUGCAUAUCGAACCCUUAAGGGCAUCAUAAGGCUGCAAGCACUUAUUCGUGGUCACUUGGUUAGAAGACAAGCUGUAUCCACAUUAUUCUGUGUCCAGGGGAUUGUCAAGUUGCAGGCUCUGAUUCGUGGUCAACUUGCUAGACAUUCUGAUAUUGGGGUUGAGGUGAAUAAAAAUCAUCUGGGUGAUUUAUCUGAAGUAAGUGCAUCUUCCCAUGUGGAGAGGCUGUCAAAAAUUGCUUUCGUUCAAAAGCUUCUGGCUUCCUUGCCUACUACUAGUCCUCUACGUCUCCAAUAUGGUCCAGAGGAACCUAAUUCGACCUGGGUGUGGCUUGAGCGUUGGACCAGGUCAUGCUUUUGGGAACCUAUUUUACAACCAAAGAAAAAUCUCGAUUCAAGGACUCGUAGGAAGCAUGAGAAGGGUCAAACAAUAGAAACUGAAAAAGCCAGGCCAAAAAGAAGUGUGCGGAGGUUGUCCAAUACAAAUGUUGAAAAUGGGUCAAAUAGUGCCACUCCAGAUUCUGAAAAGACUAAACGUAAUUUGAGGAAAUUCUCUAGGCAUCCAGCAAGCUCAGUUCUGGAACAUCAACAAAAUGAAGUUGAGAAGGUUAAAAGUAAUGUAAGAAAAUCGUCUGAUCCCAAGAAGGGGGUUUCUGAUCGGUCAGUAGUUGGUGAUGAGAGAUCAAAGCACAGUACGCUGAAGAGUUUGGCUUCUGCUGCUCCUGAUGAUUCAGAGCAGGGUACUAGUGAAGUUUCCGAGAAAAUGAAACAUAUGGCAGUUGCAGUGUCAAAACACUCCGAUCUAGAAGGAAGUGUGGAUCUGCUGUCAGCAGAAGAACCAAUGGAAAAGUUAGAUGACCAUCCUUCUGUUGACGUGCUGCCCAUGGAGAACAACGUCAGAAAUGAAGACAAUCCUUCUGCUGAGAUGCAACCCAUGGAGAACAAUGUCAGAAAUGAAGACCAUCCUUCUGCUGAGAUGCAACCCACAGAGAACAAUGUCAGAAAUGAAGACCAUCCUUCUACUGAGAUCCAACUCAUGGAGAAAAAUGUCAGAAAUGAAGAAGUUCAAGCAAUAAAUGAGGUGCCAAACUCUAGGGACCACUUUAUUAGCAAUGAGGAUAAGAAAACAAGCCAGAGAAGGGCUUCUUUCCCUGUGAAGUUUGAUCAUCAGGAGAAUGGUGUUCAUAACACACCAAGAGUCCCAAGUUAUAUGGCACCAACUGCAUCAGCAAAAGCUAGGCUGAGAGGACAGGGCUCUCCCAGGUUUGACCGAGAUAUGGUUGAGAAGAAUGUUAUAACCAGGCGGCAUUCUCUGUCUGCUUCCACCAACACCAAGUUAACUUCCCUUUCCCCACGAGCACAGGGACUGGUUCAAGCAGCUGGCAAAGGAGUGAUCAGAAGUGACAGAUCUUUAUCAUCUUCAAGGGAUGGUUUAGGAUGCACAUUGACCCUUUGGUCUCAGGGUCAGAGAAGACUAUGUUGA